UUUUUUUUGAUACCCAAGGUUCAAUUGAAACCUACUCAGGUGGUUUCCGUCUUCGCAAAGAAAUACUUCCAAUCCUUGAAUUGACUCGGUCAUGUCUGGAUACAAUAUCAUCUGGGCUUUCAUUGCGUGCUUUGUCGUCUCGGCAGCAGCCUACGUGUUGACACCAAAGGGCAAUAACCAAACGCUGAUUCGAACCAUCAUUAUUAUGUCCAUUACUUGCUGUUACCUUAUGUGGGCUAUCACGUAUCUCGCGCAACUUCAUCCUCUUAUCAACCCGAGACGAGUGGGACUUCGGCCGCACCAUGAAUAGAAGUACGAGAUGGGUCGUCCUGUCAUAGUCGUCGUAGUUCCUUUUGUGCGUUUGCUCAUUUUCUCCU